UGCGCAUUCGUACAGUUUGUCUGGUUGUCGAAUCUGAGUAGCGACCGUCAAAACUAUUUUAGAGAUAUACCUUUUGCCCAAUAGUAUUUUCUUUCAAGUUGUGAUUCAUUCAUUAUGUCUGUAGGUGAAGAACAAGUUGAAUGUCCAUUGUGUAUGGAACUUCUGGAGAUUGAUGAUGUCAAUUUCUUUCCGUGUACAUGUGGAUAUCAGAUUUGUAGAUUUUGCUGGCAUAGGAUUAGAACUGAUGAAAAUGGAUUAUGUCCAGCAUGUCGAAAGCAAUAUCAAGAAGAUCCUGCAGAAUUUAAACCUUUGACAGAAGAUGAAUUACAAAGAAUGCGUAAAGAAAGGCGUCAGAAAGAUGUCCAGAGGAAACAGAAGGCUGCCGAGAAUAGGAAGCAUCUAGCUAAUGUCAGGGUUGUGCAGAAAAACUUAGUAUUUGUGCUUGGUUUAUCCCAACGUCUUUCGGAUCCAGAGGUUUUGAAAAAGCAUGAAUAUUUUGGAAAGUUUGGAAAGAUCCACAAAGUGGUCAUAAACCAAAGUACCACCUAUGCUGGUUCCCAGGUUCAUGGUCCGAGUGCAAGUGCUUAUGUGACCUAUGUGAAGUCUGAUGAUGCUCUGAGGGCGAUUCUAGCUGUCAACAAUGUUCAUAUAGAUGGACGCACUCUCAAGGCAUCUCUAGGAACCACAAAGUACUGCAGUCAUUUUCUUAAAGGAACCCAGUGUAACAAAACGGAUUGCAUGUACCUGCAUGAACUUGGUGAGGAAGCGGCUAGUUUUACGAAAGAAGAAAUGCAAAUGGGUAAACAUCAGGAGUAUGAGCAGAAGCUGUUAGAACAGUUUCUAAACAAUCAGAACACGGCAAACAAUCAUAUGACUAGUGCACCUGUUAACCAAAAAAUACAAACCUCUAGAAAAAAAUCAAACUCCCCUCUUAAUGCUCAAGAAACCCAACCUUCAAAUGCGGUAGUAUCGGAAUCGCAAGAUAUUCCGAAACAACAUUCUUCUCACAGUAACACUUCACAGCAUCCUGCAUCAAACAGUAGUAAAGAUGCCUGGCCUUCAUUGGCUCCGGGUAAUAAAGCAGACCACAUGACAACCAAUGGGAAUCGCUCCAGUCACAGUUCAACCAAUCACACCAACAGAUCAAAUUCUCCUCACACUCAGAAUCGUACAGUUGGAAACGGUCGGAAAAAGAGUACACUGGAGAGUGACACACACUGCCACACACCAGACUCCUCUCAAGAACCGACAGAGGUAGCCCGAGACUUAACACUACAGGAAGAACAAACCAGUGUCCCGACAGUCCUACGGCCCACAUCACUUUCUCAGCAGUCACCCCCGGCAACCCAGCCUCCAAACUUCGAACAGAGUCACAACCAAGAGGAACUCCAGUCGAGUUCCAAUCCAUACCCACAGUCGCUUUCACAGUUCUCUCAGCAGAGUCCGGUCCUAACACAGCAGUCACAGAGUCAGCUACCCACACAGUUCUCCGUGUCGACGUCACAGUUCCAAGCCAGUCAGCUGAGCUCCACAUCACAGAGCAUCCAGGCGAUUCGCAAAUCGCUGCUGUUUGACAACAGUGCCAACAGUCUUUCAUUUUUCAGUGGAAACACGUUCACAACUAGCAAGAGCACACAGCCCCAGGACUUCCUCCACCAGAAAUUUGAGAUCCCUGUGACAAUACCAACCACAACCCUAACAGACACAAUUCCAGUAUCGAGCACUACGGACUGGUCAGAAGCAUUUGGCUUUAAGUCGAAAGAUACUCAAGAUGAUGAUUUAGGUUUUGAUCCAUGUGACGAGUCUUUCAAAGGUCUUGCUGAUCUCAUUGAAAAGGAAAACUGUGUGGAGAGCACAAACCAUUUCAGCCACAUGACCCAUGUUCCAGCCAUGCAUCCCCGCCCCCAGGCUCACAGUUCACACCCGCGUAGCCUACCCCCGGGUUUUUCCAUUGGUCAGAUCCAACAGACACAACAGAUCCAUCAGCAAAAUAUUCCACACAGAUAUUACAGACAAGAUAUGAACAACAAGAUGGAUUAUUAUCCCUAUUCACAGUCAGGCUAUUCAAACAUGCAGAACUCCUUUCACAACCCACUCCCAGACAGAACACAACCUCCUUCACAUCCUCACCAACAGCACCAGGAUAUCUUCAGUAUGAAAGAUAUGCAAGAACAGCUCCGUUCUCUGUUGCCAAAUAUAAAUAUCAGUUUUGGUGCUCCACCCAUGAGCGAGUGCUCAUCACCACAGAGAAAUAAAAGUACAAAUAAUAAAAGUUGGCCAAAUAACAACACGCAACCAGAUCAAUCGUGGAUGGCUCAUGACCCAGCAAUACUUUCUUCAGGCAACAUAAAAGAUGGCACAUUACUGUCUGACAGUACUCAACACUGGCUGAAGUCGAUUCAACAGCUUACAGAGCCCGACAGCACAACUGCCAACCACAGACUGCCAUUUGUUCAACAGUUUCCCUUCUCGGCUGGAACCUCUUGGCCUCCACAACCUCGCAACCCUCCCCCAGGCUUCCAGGCCCCUCUCCAACACAACACACAGUAUCCUGAGACACACACACUUUCUGAAGGCCUUCAGUAGCAAUAAGAAGAUUCUUAACUACCAAAGUCCCGACUGAUAGACUUUCAAAGAUUGUGCUUCAAGCAACCCUCUAGCAGUAUCUUUGUGAUAGAGGCAGAUCCACACGGAGUCUGCAGAUGAAUAUUUAAUCAAUUAGUCGAGGAAUUCUUUCUUGUAGUUUUACCUCUAUUGUACAACAGUAAUAUACACUUUACAUUGCAACAUUUGUGUGAUAAUAUUUUCUUUAACCGACUACAAUUCCAGUCCUAAGGAUAUUAGUAAUCCCCUAUAUCUGCAGAGCGGAAUUGGGGAUGAUGUUAUUUUCAGUCUUUAUCUUCUCUUCUAUUUUCUUUCUUUUUCCUUCUAUGUGUCCAUCUUGUUUGUGUUUGUAUUUGGCAUUAUUCUCAGAUGUGCAGUUUUCAAUUAAUUCAUUGCUGCAGUUUUUAAGAUCCAUUCUGCUUUAUUAUCACUCCUAAGCCUGAAUUUUAUCUAGUUGAACUGCUACUAAGAUAUUACAUCCUGUUUAAUUUUUUGUUCUUUUUAGGGGUUUUUUCUGUCGGACAUUUACAACUAAAUCAUUCUUAUUCUGUUGAUUUGAUUGGAGGUCUUAUUUUUUACCAAAAGUUAGAAUUCUAGCCAAACCCUGUUUUAGGUUGAUAGCACAUUAAACGUGUACGGUGUGAUUUUAUAGGGGUGCGACAAAUAUUUGUCUGAAUGAGCUUGGUGAAUGAAGCUUCAAUAUCGGGUUUCUUGAUUUUCAAAAUGAAAAUGUUUGGAAUAUUCAGGGCAAACACUGGAAAGAGUUUUGGUUUAGCCAAUUUUCACAUGUAAAUUAUUCAAAGUGGCUUAUUUAAAGAAAAUCUUAUUAGCCAAAUAAUAAAUGUAGCCAUUUUUUAUAAAAUUUAGCAACUGGCUAAUUUGGUAAUAGACAGGGUGAGCCCUGAAUAUUUAUUUGAAUAUCUUUACGUUUUGGUAACUGAUGGAAGGCUGACACCACCCCUCCAACCUCACACACCUAUUUACGGAAUAAUGGAUAGCUUUUAAAUAAUAUGCUUUUUAACAUGGUCAUUUUCAUUAAGAGAAAGAUAUUUGCAUGUGUAAGGAUUUUUAAAAAUGAUAUAUACUGAGUUGGAAAACUGGGUUGAAUUUCUUUUAAAACCAUUUCCUUGAGUGAGCAGCUUUUUGAAAGAUGAUCCCACUGUUUGAUCUAUUGGUAACACGUCACAUACACUUAUUACUGAUAUCAUUCAGAAACCUAUGACAAUACCAUAACCAAGCAUGACUGGCAGGAGAGUAGACUUGUAGCUAUAACAAGACAUCUCAGGCUGUUGGGUAAAUAGAAGUCGGAAGUUUAUGCAACAAGUUUUCAUAUGUAUACAUUGUUUCACUUUUUCAAACAAAUUAUUUUGGGGUAAUUAAAAGGACAUUCCCGAGUUUGCUGCAAUUUUAAAGAUGUUGUCGACUAACAGAGACUUAUUAACAAUUGUAAUUAAUAUCCAAUAUAUUUUUCUG